UAUGCUGUAGCACAUUGCUUCGAUGCCAGGGUUUUCGCCAGGUGUGCCAAUCGGUGUUAGGUGGUUCUGCUGUAGUUUGCUAACCUGCAUUUCAAAAACGUAUUCCAGAUUUUAGUUGUCCUAGUCUGCUAUUCUAUAAAGAACGCCACCUUGCAAACGUGUUUUCCGUUGGAAGCAGUAAAAUGGCAGCCUCGACCCUUCGCAUAUUGCGCAGUUCCUCCCGUUUGACGUCUGUAUUCUCCCCUGCAUAUCAGUGUCGUCAUCUCAGCUUGCAGGAAUACCAGAGCAAACAGCUGAUGCAGGAUUACGGUAUCAACAUCCAACGUUUCCAGAUUGUGGAAAAUAAAGGGGAUGUAGAUAAAGCCGUGCAGGGGCUGAAUAAGCAGUGCGGAAAAGUUAACGAGUAUGUCAUCAAAGCGCAGAUCUUGGCCGGCGGACGAGGCAAAGGACAUUUCAAAGAAAGCGGCUUAAAAGGAGGAGUCAAGCUGACCAAAGACUCGAAGCAAGUAGCGGACUUUGUGAGCAAAAUGCUGGGGUACAAGCUGGUUACCCAUCAGACACCGGAGGACGGCGUCAAAGUGCAGCGCGUGAUGAUUGCGGAAGCUCUGGAUAUCGCUAAGGAAACAUACUUGGCCUUUUUAAUGGCACGUCAGAAGGAUCACGAAGGACCCAUUUGUGUGUAUUCGCCAAAGGGGGGCGUCGAUAUCGAGCAGGUAUCGGAAGAAUCUCCGGAGGCUAUUUUUACGUCUUUUAUCGAUAUCGACAGUGGACUGAGUGCCGAAGAAGCAAUGAAGAUUGCCAAGAAGUUGGAAUUCGAACCGCAGUAUCUGGAAGAAGCAAAAAAUCAAAUUAUGAAAUUGUACAAUCUGUUUUUGAAAGUGGAUGCCACUCAAGUGGAGGUGAAUCCCUUUGGACAAACCCCUGAUGGACGCAUUGUGUGCUUUGAUGCCAAAUUGUCAUUUGAUGAUAAUGCUCAGUAUAGACAGGAGAAGAUUUUUCAAAUGGGCGAUACGAUGGAGAGCGAUCCACGCGAAGUGGACGCUGGAAAACAUAAUUUGAACUAUAUCGGACUCGACGGAAACAUCGGAUGCCUGGUGAAUGGCGCUGGUUUGGCUAUGGCGACUAUGGAUUUGAUCAAAUUACACGGCGGCGAACCGGCCAAUUUCCUGGAUGUCGGAGGCAACGUUAAGGAAAAUCAAGUCCAGGAAGCGUUCCGAAUUCUUAGCGCUGAUAGGAAAGUCAAGGCAAUUUUAGUUAAUAUUUUCGGGGGUAUUGUCAACUGCGCAACGAUUGCCAAUGGUAUUAUCAACGCUUGCCGCAAUAUUAAAUUGUCCAUUCCACUUGUUGUGCGAUUAGAAGGAACCAACGCGGACGAAGCGAGGAGGCUGCUGAAAGACAGCAAUUUGCCCAUUACGGCUGCUGAUUCCCUUGAAGAUGCCGCUCGAAAAGCUGUGGAAUGCUUGAAGAAAUAAGCUGCUUCGUAUUGGCUCAUAAGCUGAAUUCCAUUUAUUUCUAUUUCGUGCUUCUUUGUGUUCUUAACUUGUUAACUGUUGUAUCGUUGAUGUGCGCUUUUGAUUUUACAAAUGAAUUGUUUUCUGAUUCGUACAUCGUUCGAUUGUGGACAGUGAAAUUCGUUUCUACGUUUCGUCAAAAAAAUUUAUUGAUUGGUA